UAUUCGCAUCCGCUGAAUACAAACCCAUCAUGUCUACCUUCGCCGUUCUUCUCUUCUGCGCCCAAGCUUGCUUGGUUCAGAAUGUGUACAGCCAGUGCCAUCGUGGUCCAAUAGCACACAUUGCCCCUGCUUGUGGUUCGGAAGGUAGACUGAUCUCUCCAGCUGCACUGGGUCAUAGUGGUAUCGCUGCACCCCUUUCUCUUGCAUCUCCAAGUGGCAUCUCUUCAGCUGCUGCCUACGGUGGUACUGGUGUAGGUGAAGUAGCCGUUGGUGGGGAGAUGGGUGUGAUUGGUACCACCCUAGUUGCUGGUCAAGUGCCCGUCCUCGGAGCUGUAGAGUUUGGUGGUAUCGUGCCAGCUGCCGGUGCUGUCUGCAUUUCUGGCAACUGCGGCUGUGGAUGCAACGAUGCUUAUGCCUUCUAAAAAAUACCAAUAAAACCAGUUUCUUGAAUCUAAAUAAAAAAUAUGUAUUACCAAUUCA